UUUAAAGCACAGUUGUAAAAAAAAACUUCCCGACGAAAUAAAAAUUGUCCCCCGCAUAACAUAAUUGGAAAAAUAUAUAGUCAUACAGCAGCAGGACAAUUUUGUUCAACAAGGAAGUAGCUAACCGUCUCCAUUUAGUUAGCUGAAAAGCGUAUUUGACAACGUUAUUUUUGUUUGCUACAGUAGCUAACUGACGUUAAGUCAUUCGUCAUCGAAGCUGUGCAGUGCAACGACCUGCUGUGAAUUUCUAUGUAAGUGUAACGUUGGAUACUUACAUGCUUAGGAACCUUAUCCUGUGGACGGAAGAAUAUCAUUUCAGCAACUACCACUUACUCUGUCCCUCUGUUUGGCCCAAACUGCUUAUCACUGCAACGCUCAGGAAUACCCACGUCAUAACCGGGAAGCAGCUAUGCAGCUUGAAAUUCAAGUAGCACUUAACUUUAUUAUUUCCUAUUUGUACAACAAACUCCCCAGACGGCGUGUGAACAUCUUCGGCGAGGAGCUCGAGAGGCAGCUGAAGAAGAAGUACGAUGGCCACUGGUACAUGGAUAAGCCAUACAAGGGCUCUGGGUACAGGUGCCUCCACGUAGGGGAGAAGGUGGACCCUGUGGUGGAGCAGGCAGCCAAGGAGAGCGGUCUGGACUUGGACGACGUCCAGGAUCAUCUCCCUCAGGACCUCAGUGUGUGGAUUGACCCCUUCGAGGUGUCCUACCAGCUUGGCGAGAAGGGGCCGGUCAAGGUGCUGUACGUGGAUGAUAACAAUGAGAACAACGGGUCCGAGUUGGACAAGGAGAUCAAGAACAGCUUCAACCCAGAGGCCCAGGUCUUCAUGCCCAUCAGUGACUCUAUUGGGACCUCUUCUGAGUCCAGCUCUCCUUCACCCCCUUUCGGGCAAUCUGCGGCCAUUAGCCCCUCGUUCAUGCCGCGCUCCACCUAUCCAAUAACCUUCACCACCGCCACCUUUGCCGCCACCAAGUUUGGCUCCACCAAGAUGAAGAUCUCCGGCCGCAACAACAACAAUGGUAACGGCAACAAGGUGGCCCGCACCUCCCCAACCAAUGACCUGGGGCUGAAUGUGAACACCCUAAUGAAGCAGAAAGCCGUUUCCACCUCUAUGUACUCUCUGUACGGCCUGGGCCAGCAGCAGAAUGCCUCUGCACUCUCUCCUAAUGCUAAGGAGUUUGUGUUCCCCAGCCUCCAGGGUCAGGGGAGCUCCGGUGGCAUGUUCCCCAGCGAGGGCUCUCUCAGCCUCAGCCCGCUGCAGUACAACAAUGCCUUUGACGUGUUUGCGGCCUACGGAGAUCUCAACGACAAUACCCUCAAUGAUGGGCUGAACUUCAACCUCAGCAACAUGCAGUAUUCCAAGCAGCAAUUCCAGUCGGUCAUGGCUAACUAAACCUGACACUAGGACUUGAACAUGUUAUUUCUUAAUGACGACGGUAGCUUGAAGGGAAGCAUUACGAAGAACUGGACUUUCAAGGAACCUCUUGAGGAGCUUUCUAUCUAGUUAGGGAAGCAGCAUGUGUCCAAGGGUGCUUUUUCUCUGCCCCAUUGAAUUUUUUUUUUUUACUAAAAGUUUGUUGUACGAACACGUCCAAGCUUGAUUACUUAAAUUCAACAUGCAUAGUUGUUUUUUUUUUUUUUUUUUUGUCAACCGAGCACAAAAUAUAUUUUUGUACUAUGUUUGAAAUACAAAAAAAUACUCCAUUAACAUGGAUAAAAAAUUAAAAAAAUACAAAAAAAUGUCUGUCCUCUUAGUGUUUUACAUGUGUUGGGACAUGGCAGAUUUGUAUGACUUUGCACUACUAAAUGGGGUUACUUGGUCUUUUUCUACUUGUAUAAUUUAAUUUAGUACAGAGUUUAAGAUAUCAGAGUAUAUAUUGUUUCUUUCACAUGGCAGUGCAUCUCUUUUUACUACUCCAGCGAUGGUUGCAGCAGCUUGUCAUUGUGUUUAUUUUAUUAGUAGUAUUUUUUUAAUUUUUAGGUAAAGAAUUGUCUUUAAAAUCCAUCCCGUAUUCUAAAGAUUGCGUACAGAGUUUUCCUUCGUGGUGGAAUUUCAUGUACAACAAGAGUUGUAUUUUCUCUUCAGAGUUGAAAGAUUUUGCUAUAUUAUGUACAAAAAAUGUAAAUUGUAUACAUUUUAAUUUUGUACCUACAUUGUGUAAUACUUGAUAAAAAAUACGCUAUAACAAAGUAUUUUUUUGUCUGUGUCUUAGAUGUCAAGAGGGACUGGAAUAGUUUUGUUUUGUAUUAAAAAUGCUUAAAUUAUGUUUCUUUUUACAUUUUUUAAAAAUAUUUGCACCCUGGUCUUUUUAAUACAUUAAACUACAGUCAAAACA